GGACUUUAACAGAAAAUCUAAGUGAAAUGGAUAGCCACUAGAGUUAGCCCCCAAACUGUUCUAUGCUGGAGAUGUGGUCUGCAGGGACAAAGAGGGAAAUUUCUCUCUCUGUAUAUUCAGAAUGCUCAGAUAGAAAUACUGCAGCUUUUUGUCUUUAAAAAACAAAACAAAACCAGCUUCCUUUGCUCAUGUUUUGUAUUUUAGUGCUACUGGACAUAAAAACUGUGACAGUACCGGGCGUCACAUAAUAGACACAUUAACACUGCUUUUACACCCGAUUCUCAAGCUGGCCCUAAAACUGGCUAUUUCAUUACGUAUUUGGGUAUUUGUAGAAGAAUGUCCUUUACCUGCUCCCUGCGUGAGUCUUUUGAGAUGGAAAGAGACUUCAGGAGAUGGAUGUUGGUGUCUGGCAAUGGCUGUGAAAUAGAAAGACGUUCCUUUCCUUUCUGUUUUCUUCUUUCCAAGCUGGACAUUAGAGCAGGGAAGGAUGUUUGGUGCCCAGCAGUCCAGAACUCUUUUAGCGGCAGCUGCUGCACUGCAGAAUUGAAGCUGGGAAUUAUCUCCUCCUCUUCUCCACCCCACUCCUCCUCCCAGCCUCGGAUUCAGACUGGCUCUGGGGUUAGCUGUGCAAGGCCAGCUGGCUGCUCAUCUGACUGUAGUGCAUCGCUGCCCAGCAGCCUGAGACGAGACUGCAGGGUGUUUUUUGGAGAGUUGAGUUUCAAUGGCCACCCUGACUAGCGAGAAGCAAGGACUGCUUAUACAGACAGCUCGUUUCUAUCUUGUGCAGAGUCGGCUUUGUAGUGGGAUGUUGAAAUAUGACACAAUGCCUGUUUGUUUGCAAUAGCUGCAACCCUCGUAGCAGAGAUUCAAGUGGGAAACAGAGGGGGAAUCCAGAGACAAACCAGCGGGGGAAUUAGGAACUGUGACGCCGUGUCCUCUCUCCUGUGCCGGAGCAAGCAAAGGAAAGAGAGGUAGAGGAAAAAAGACUGAGCCUUGCGACCAACCGUCACCCUGACGAUGUGUCAGUCAAACACCCUGCAGGGACCAGAUCUGCACACAGGGAAAUGGUGAGAUGCUAUAAAGCUUUAUCUAACCCUCCACCCUCUUGCUACAACCUCCACAAAGUUAAAAUUCAUGUCCGGAGGCUGCGUUCAGGGAACGGCGGCAGCAGGAGCUGUGCCAGGGACCAGCACCCACAACUGGAGAGUCCAGGCCUGGCUGGCUCUGCCGGUGGUACACCAAAUAGGAGAACUCAUUUCAGGUUGCAAUUUCCCCAGCUGGCCCUGAGGCGAAGGUUGGGCCAGCUAAGCUGUAUGUCUAGGCCUGCUCUGAAACUCCGUUCUUGGCCUCUGACUAUUCUCUAUUAUCUUCUGCCUUUCGAUGCUCUUAAACCCUUGACCAGAGUGGGAUGGAGGCCUAUGAGCAGGGUUGCUCUGUACAAAUCAGUACCAACUCGGCUGCUCUCACGAGCCUGGGGUCGCCUGAACCAGGUGGAGCUGCCUACAUGGCUCCGGAAGCCUGUUUACAGCCUGUACAUCUGGACAUUUGGAGUGAACAUGAAGGAGGCAGCUGUUGAAGAUCUGCAUCACUAUAGAAACCUCAGCGAAUUCUUCCGCAGGAAGCUGAAACCACAAGCGCGGCCAGUCUGCUGUUUGCACAGUGUGAUUAGUCCCUCUGAUGGAAAGAUCCUUAAUUUUGGACAGGUAAAAAACUGUGAAGUGGAGCAAGUAAAAGGGGUUACUUACUCUCUGGAAUCUUUCUUGGGACCUCGCACCUCCACAGAGGAACUGCAUUUUAGCCAGGCCCCACCUGGUAACUCUUUUCAGCAACAACUAGUCACAAAGGAGGGGAACGAGCUCUACCAUUGUGUAAUCUACCUUGCACCAGGGGAUUAUCACUGCUUCCACUCACCCACUGACUGGAGAGUGUCACACCGGCGUCAUUUCCCAGGCUCUCUAAUGUCUGUGAAUCCUGGAGUUGCUCGCUGGAUCAAAGAACUGUUCUGCCACAAUGAACGGGUUGUCCUUACAGGUGACUGGAAGCAUGGCUUUUUCUCUUUAACAGCUGUAGGAGCAACAAAUGUGGGCUCCAUCCGCAUCUACUUUGACCAGGACUUGCAUACCAACAGUCCACGUUACUCUAAAGGUUCCUACAAUGACUUCAGCUUCAUAUCCAACAACAACAAGGAGGGAAUCCCCAUGAGGAAAGGGGAACAUUUAGGGGAAUUUAACUUAGGCUCUACAAUCGUACUGAUCUUUGAGGCGCCCAAGGACUUCAAAUUCCACCUCAAAGCCGGACAGAAAAUCCGCUUUGGAGAAGCACUGGGCUCUCUAUAGAAACUCUCAGCAAGGUUUUCUAUACAAAAGGACUCUUAUCACACCACUGAGUGUUUCACUUAACAAGUAUGUAUCACUCAGCAGGACCUGGGUGAGGAAAACAGAAGAUGUCAUUGCUAUGUUCAACUUGAGAGUAUUUGGACUAUAUUUACAUGCUGCUGAAUGCAGAAAGAAUUGAAUGACCAUAUAUGUAUCAGGUACAGCUGCCUUUAAAGAUAUUGACCACGGAGGUUUCUGUCCCACCCUGUGCCUGUAGUCUUUCAUGUUCUCCCCUCAAUGUGCCACUGGAUAAUUAUGUUCUUAGAGCCUGUAAGUCCCUUUUAAGCCUUCCUAGGCUGUGCAGGUGCAAUGGAAAAGGGUGGAGGUAGAGAUUAGCUAUAUUUAAAGGGACAGUGACAGGCUCAGUCAGACCUUGUACCUUCUAUCUGCAAUAUCUGUUUUUCAGACCUUGAGUAAAGAACGUGUUCUCAUAUUUAUUUUAUUCUGAGACACUGCUGAAGUUGUUAUAUAAAGGCAGCCUGUGAAUGCAUAGAGCACCAAACAAGUAAAUUGGCUAGUAUGGCUUCACAGUGCAAACUAAGCAAAAUGUACAACAGACAGCAUCAGUACAAUAAAUUACUCAUCCAGGUUUUCUACUGUUAGACAACUUUAAUUCUUUUACCUGACACUGUCCCUUUAAAAAUGGACUUUGCACUGUAUUUUAAACCUGAAAACACCAUGUCUACAUUCCAUAUGAUGAAACUGGUCAUCUUGGGAUUUUCUCU